GUUUAAACACAGCUAUCACCUGUCCGAUAUAAGUCACCAUUAAUUCAACCAGAGGGAACACGGAGUGGUGAUCAAUAUGUCAGAAAAUGAACAGUUAGUGAAAGGUGACCCUGUGAUUUACCAAGGCAAUCAACCCCCGUCGGUCUUCCCGAUUACUACACAGCCCCCGCCAGCAUUUCCAGUCAUUACACAGCCACCGCCGCCUGCUUAUGACUCUUACCAACAGGAACAACAUCUGGAACAGUUCCCGGUUUUCGCACAAGAAACUGCAUACAAGUUAUAUCCUGUUGAGAAACCACCAAGAGACUAUCUGAUCUUUUCCAUUGUGACACUCAUAUUUUUUUCUCGGAUUAUUGGAAUAGUUGCUUUAAUUAAAUCAAUGGAAGUGCGAAAUGCAAUAUCGCUGGGUCAGAGAGACCGCGCCAAUAGAUCGUCUACAUCCGCAUUGAGGUUAAAUAUAGCCGGCGUCAUAAUUGGAACAUUUGCCAUGAUUAUAUUGAUUAUAUUAUUCGUUGUGCAUUAG